UAUUUCCGCACUGCUGUUUCUAUUUUGUACUUCAUCUCCAAUUCAAUUCUCUGACACUUUCUCAGAACAAUGGUUCAGUCCAAGAAGUUCAGAGGUGUCAGGCAGCGCCACUGGGGCUCCUGGGUCUCUGAGAUUCGCCACCCUUUAUUGAAGAGGAGGGUUUGGUUGGGGACGUUUGAGACGGCGGAGGAGGCGGCAAGAGCCUACGACGAGGCGGCUAUUUUGAUGAACGGCCGGAAUGCGAAGACCAACUUUCCGGUGGCGGCUAACAAAGACGGUAAAGAAGAUAAGUCUUCCUCUUCUGCUGCUUCUUCUUCUUCUUCUUCUUCCUCGAGCUCUCUUUCUGCUAUCUUGAGCGCAAAGCUCCGGAAAUGCUGCAAGUCACUGUCGCCGUCGCUCACUUGCUUAAGGCUCGACACCGAGAAUUCCAACAUCGGAGUGUGGCAGAAACGCGCCGGCGCAUCCUCCGACUCCAACUGGGUCAUGACCGUCGAGCUCGGAAACAAACAGCAGCCGCCGCCCAAGCAAGAAAGCCUUUCCUCGGAGACUUCAGAAGACACUACAGACGUCGUCGCCGACGACGGCAAUCAAACAGUGAACGAAGAGGAGAAGAUCGCGCUGCAAAUGAUCGAGGAACUCCUAAACGAGAAUUAAUCAUCACAGUAAGAUCAAAUUAAGAUUAGAACAAAAUAAAUAAAACGAAAAAACAACUAUAUUUGUUUUACAAGUUAUUAUCAUAUUUUUUUCUUUUUUUAAUCAAUCAUUUGAAGGAGGACUGGUAUAUCCCUAUUCCCUACCCGGUUGCCGGGAUACUAUAAUUUGUCCUUAGAGGUAGGAAAACCAACAUGUGCAAUAUAGUACGACGUCCAAGACUGUGUUUGGUUCGUACAAGGUUACGUUGUGAAAUAUAAUUGUGAUCGAGUUGUAUUAUCUCCACAGCUUAUAUUAUAUAUAUUGAAUUGAUUUGGACUUCCAAAGAGUUUGGUGAGAUAA